UACUUUUGCCAACCAUUGUUUCAAAACAAGAUUAAAAUGCCUUUAUUUUGAAAAUUUUUUGAUGUCGAGUAGGAAACGGAAGUUGCUGGCUUCUAGCGCAUGCGCAAAUGUACUUUAAGCGGAGCAAAAAGACGAAGACCGCGUGCUAUGGUUGUUCGGAGAUUUUUCGAUUUCACGAUCUUAAAGUCAUAUGAUUCACAGCAAAUAUAGCAACAAAUAUCUCAAUUGGUAUUUUCCAAAGUCACGAAACGUGCAUUGAGUUUGGAGCGAUAUCUGAAGUGAAGAUUGAAGACGUGAUAGAAGAUGGACGACCACUGCUAUGCUAAGAUGGCGACGUCCGCUAAAAGAGAACAUGAAAGAGAAUCAGCGCCACCAACUUCCAGCAAAUCUCUAACGGAGAUAAAGACGAAAGAUGAAGACGUCCAGCAGCUGAUUGGUAAUCCAGAAGAAGUUUCCCCUCAGUUAGGGGGGAGCUCCACUUUGAAGCAGGAGACUCCACAACCACCCUGCAUUAAAAAGGAAGAGGAGGAACUCUGCAUCACUCAGGAGGGAGAGUGUCUUCUAGGACGAGAGGAAGCUGAUUACACCAAGUUUCCACUGAGUAUUCUCUCUGUGAAGACUGAAGAUGAUGAAGAGAAACCACAACUAGACAACAUCUUAACUCCACUAUCACAUAGUGAGGCAAAAGACAAGGUUGAAGAACCUUUGAGCAGCGAUAAAGACUGUGAAGGUGAUAUGAGGACUCACAUUGACAACAAACACUCUGAAUGCUCUACAAAGAAGAGAGGUAAAACAUGUUUGAGCUGCUCAGUUUGUGCUGAAAGUUUUACUAAAAAGUGCCACUUGACUCGACACAUGAGAACACACACAGGUGUAAAACCAUUUAAGUGUUCAGUUUGUGGCAAAAGUUUUUCUCAAAAUAGCAUUUUGACUCAACACAUGAGAACACACACAGGUGAAAAACCAUUUAAAUGUUCAGUUUGUGUCGCAAGCUUUUGUCAAAAAGGCCAAUUGGCUCAACACAUGAGAACACACACAGGUGAAAAACCAUUUAAAUGUUCAGUUUGUGUCGUAAGCUUUCGUCAAAAAGGCCAAUUGUCUCAACACAUGAGAACACACACAGGAGAAAAACCAUUUAAAUGUUCACUUUGUGUCGUAAGCUUUCGUCAAAAAGGCCAAUUGACUCAACACAUGAGAACACACACAGGUGAAAAACCAUUUGAAUGUUCAGUUUGUGGCUACAGCUUUUCUCGAAAGUAUCAUUUGAAUCAACACAUGACAACACACACAGGAGGAAAAAAAAAUAUUAACUGUUCAGUUUGUGGCAAAAGCUUUUCUGUUAAGCAAAAUUUGACUAACCACAUGAGAAGACACACAGGAAAAAACACAUUUAGUUGUUCAGUUUGUGGCAAAAGCUUUCUUUUUAAGAGCAAUUUGACUGACCACAUGAGAAGGCACACAGGUGAAAAACCAUUUCGUUGUUCAGUUUGUGGCAAAAGCUUUUAUGUCAAGAGCCAUUUGACCGAACACAUGAGAAGACACACAGGAGAAAAAACAAGUAGUUGUUCAGUUUGUGGCAAAAGUUUUUCUGUUAAGAGGGAUUUGACUGAACACAUGAGAACACACACAGGUGAAAAACCAUUUAGUUGUUCAGUUUGUGGCAAAAAGUUUUCUUUUAAGAGCAGUACGAUUGGACAUAUGAGAACACACACAGGUGAAAAACCAUUUAGUUGUACAGUUUGUGGCAAAAGCUUUUCUUUUAAGAGCAGUACGAUUGGACAUAUGAGAAUACACACAGGUAAAAAAACAUUUAGUUGUUCAGUUUGUGGCAAAAGUUUUUCUGUUAAGAGGGAUUUAACUAACCACAAGAGAACACACACAGGUGAAAAACCAUACAAGUGUUCAGUUUGUAGCAAAAGCUUUUCUAAAAAUAGCCAAUUGACUCAACACAUGAGAACACACACAGGAAAAAACCAUUUAGUUGUUCAGUGUGCUGUAAAAGGUUCCCACAUAAUGCAGACGCAGUAAAACACAUGAGAACACACAAGGGAAAAUAACCAAUUAGCUGUUUAGUUUGUGGUAUGUUGCUCAUAUGUGGUGACAUCCACCCUACCCAGGACCUCCUCACUGCUUCUUUCACAAAUAUCUGAGGUAUUCAUACAAACUUGGAUUAUUUGGAGCAUAAUCUUAUCUACUUAUGACCCCAUGUCUUCUCUGUAUCUGAAACCUUUCUGAUCAGUAAGAUAGAUGAUGCUUUAAGUGCUUGGUUACUCCUUCUUCAGUCCAGGGACCUGGGGCCUCAUGUGUCAAGUGUGCUCGAAAACCUGCACUAUGCCGUUUUUCACUGCAAAGUUGAGCUGUAUCAAAACUGACGUUGACGCAUAAGUGAUGCUGGGUAACUGUUUGCAUAACAAACUGCCAACGUUUACUUCUUAGACUGAUUGAUGUGCAAAUCAGAGACAUAUGAACAAUUAACCCCCAACACCCACAACCCAACCCCCACCUCCCUCGACAUCCGGGCAUAACAGGUUCAAUCCGGCCCAUGAUAUGAGUUUGCGAAGUGUAAAAUUCAGCUGCAUUUUUUUAAUUAAAUAAACUGCUGUUCUAAAUGUGUCCACUGGAUGUCGCAAUAGCAAUUCUGUUAGGCAAGAAAAUAGCUUAUACCGGGGCGAGCAAGUAUACCAAGCAAGAGGUACACGGUAAAGCGGUGCUGUGACUCCUCCCCCUCCACCCAACGUAAAACAGGAGUAAAAUAAGCAAUCAGUAACCCCACUUAAAAUGCAGCAUGAGACACUGCACACUGAUAUAGUUCUGUGAAAAUGAUUGUCUUCUGUGCAAAUGUAAAGAAAGUGAACAGUGUGUGAUUUACUGCAAUACUGUCAGUCUUUUAAAUUAUUUGUGUUAUAGUAGAGAAUAUAGGAUAUGCUUUCUGUCAAAAAGUGAUUACGUAAUAUAAAUUUAAUAUGAAAAAAUAAUACAAAAAAUGUAAGUCCCGCCCCCUGACAUCUGGCUAUGACUUGGCAGAUCAAUCUAUGAAAGAUGAGUCUAUUUCACCACUAUAUAUUUACUAUAUUUAAUUUGACAGGCCUUUCGAAAGAUGUGAAAACAAUCUAUAUAUUUACUAUAUUUAAUAUGAAUUUAUUGCAGCUAUAGUCACUGUGUGUAGACUUGAAGGGGGUCUCGUAUCCUUAGUAAGGGCUUUUUUCUAACAGGAAAAUUGGGGGUCUGUUUUAUCAAAUUUUCAGUGAAUUGAGAUAAAGAUGACAUGUUAUCAAAGCCCUACAAUGGGGGGGUGUGGGGGUCCCCACCCUCCUGUCUGUUGUAGUCUAAAACUGAUCUUGACAGUUGUUGAUUGAGGUAACAAUGAAAGAAAAAUAGAAGCAGUCAUAUAAGCAUGCGUGCAAUCCCAUUAAUUAAAUCAAAUGUGCUGGGUCGUAGGAAUGGGAACAGUCACAUCCUUCAUGAUUGGAUGUAACCACGCUCCCCAUCGUUGGAUGAUGCUGAGACAAUUGAUCAUACAAUGACUUCUCAUCAUUCCUUCAGUUUCUACCUAACGCUGUCCACUAUUUUCAAGAAAAUGUUGUAAUGUUUUAUUAUGCUACAUUUAGUCUUACUUUAUAUCAGGGGUCACCAACGCGGUGCUCGCGGGCACCAGGUAGCCCGUAAGGACCAGGGCCCGUACUUAUCAAGCUUCUUAGAGUGCCAUUUUACACUUAAGUCCUGAGAAUUUGCGAAAUGUAGUCCUACUCUCAAACUUAAGAAUAAAAGCUUUUUAUCAACGUUCUUAAGUCUAAGAAUCACUCCUACUCUCCACGAUAUUUAAGAGACCUUCAGAGGUGUCUUAAGUGGUUAGGAGUUGCCAGCAGGGGAUGGCACUGAGGCGAGAGAGACGUCCGCGAACGUUCAGGGAACGGAACAAUGUUUUUUUUUUUUUUGAUGACGAGCAGCUGAUCAAACGGUAUCGUUUAGACAGAGCGGAUAUUAUUUUUGUCACAGAUUUAAUACUUUUCGAUUCCUUGUUGAUUUCUGCAUGUGGCUGCAGUGGGCUAGUAUAUAUAGAGCCACCCACACCAGUUUCAAAUGAGUUGCCUAAUUAAUGAAUUGGA